AUUUGUCACUCCGCUACUAUGCUGCGAGCUAAGCGGUCGGCCGCGCUGCAAUUUACAAAAUGGAUGAAAAAUUAUUUAAUAGCCGGUACGCUCAUUUGCGAGACAUUUGCUCGCUAUCGCAGUCCGUUCGUGGUAGCCCGAAACACGAUAUCCUCGCAACGCGAUCGGCCACCUGUAUCUCCGGCAUAAUUCCUUCUAUCGAACAAACAAAGGAACGGUUACUCAUCGGCAAACAGUUAACGACAGUAUCUCGCCGCGGUCGCUCCUAUCAGGUUACCUUGGCUUUUCUCGCCUCGCUGCUGAUAUCAAGGAUCAUCGCCUACGCGCCGUGCGAACGCAGCUAUUUCUGCGGCUCGUAAAGCAUCGCGCGACAGAAACGAUAUCUCGAUGAAGGACCGUUUACCGAAGGACAUUUUCUUCGGAUGACAUUUUUUCUGAGAAGAUUGCGGUCAUCGACGCGUGAUCAUGUCGACCAAGACUAUGGUGCGAAAAACGAGAUCCGGCAACUUCGAGUGCCGCGGCGACUCGAAAUUUCCGCCGGGCGUGUACACGAUUCGUUCGCCGUCGGUUUGCGAUCGCGCACACGGCGACAAACCGAUCCAUUUGAGGAGGAGUAGCGCGUGCGAGGGGAAAGAGGCUGGAAAGAUGAGGGAUAAAAACGGCGCGAGGAGGCGCCUGAUCCCUGCAAAGGAUCCUGCGAUCAAUUCGAAGAUCAUAACGAGACAGGAGUACGAGUAUAUGAAGGAGCGCAGUCGUGUGUGCACGACGGAGGAGAGACAGGCGGCCGCGGAAGCCGCGGAGAUGGAGAAGGAGCGGCUGAUGAGGGAGAGCAUGGAGCGCAAGGAGGCGAUUCGCCGGAUGGACAUGAAGAAGAGUCGCGAGAAGGAUCCGCGGACGAGGGAGAUCGAGGAGGAGGCGAGGAAAAGGACGAUGCACAUCCUCGAGCGAGCGUACAACAUGCGUCUGGAUCAGGAGGAGGAGAUACAGAAGUGCAAUCGGCUUAUCCUGGAGGCUAAGUGCCGCGCUAUUCGCGACGCCCAAAUCGUGGAGAAGAAGCUGAUAGAACGGGAGAUUCUCGAGGAGGAGAAACGGCUGAACGACGUGAUGGAGAACGAGAGAAGAUGGGCGAUCAAGGAGGAAUUGCGCAAGGAACAGGAGGAGGCGGCUAAGAGGACGCAAUUCGCGAAGACCUUAAAGGAGCAGAUUGUGGAGAACGAGGAACAGCGGAUCCUCGAGUUCGAGAGAAAGCAGGAGGAGAGCCGGCUAAUCAAUUUGAAGAACAUCGCCUGGCAGCAGGACGAGAUCGAGAAGCUGCGCAACAAGGAGGCGGAGAACGCUAAAGUGCGGCAGGAGCUCGCGGAAGGGAACGAACAAUUGAAGCACUUCAAGGCUAUGGAACAGGAGGAAAACAGAAUUAUAGAUCUACGAAUACAAGACUACCAUCGAUUGAAGGAGGAACGCGAGGCUAAGAAAACGGAGGAGCAAACAUUAGAAAAAUUAAGAAAGGAACGAGAGAAGAGCAGAGUAGCGACGCGAACGAUGCAGGCGCAUGAGCUUCAGGCGCAAAUUGACGAAAUCAACGCGGCUCGAGUUCAGGAAGAAGUAGAGCGGGAAUGGAGACAAAAGGAGAAGGAAGAAGCGCUGAAGAGAUUGGAGGCACAAAAGAUUCUUCAGCGAGAAAGGGAAGAGCAGAUAAACAAUAAGCGAAUAAUGCAAGCUAUCGAGAUCGAGCGAAAUAGGCGUGAAUUCGAGAAGAUCGUGCGCGUACAACAAACAGCUUUCUGCAGAGAAAAGAAGGAGCUCGAGCAAAAGCAACAGCAGGCUUUAAUUCACCGUAGUGAAAUAUUAAAGCAGGUAAAUGAAAAGGAACGGGAGCGCAUCACUGAGCGGCAAAAGAUGUUCCAGGACGGCCUGGCAAUCCGCGCGGAGACUGCGAUGCGCAAAAAGAAAUUGCAAGAUGCGAUAGAGCGAAAGUGCCAAGAGAUGAGAGAGAGCAAAGUACCAGACAUCUACAUCAACGAAGUGAAACGAAUGAUCGAGAAUGUUCAAUAAAUCAUUUGAUCAGCUGUCCUUUUAUUGGAUCUUGUAGCAUCACUUCCAUAUCAUUAGGACAUUCGGAUCGCGCUCGAUGAUAUCUUCGAUUUGUGCCGCGGACUG